UACCCGCAGUGCCAUCUCUCUUCAUUAAAGUUCUCAACAGCACCACGGUUCAAGCCGUGUGGGAACCUUCCAUCAAACUGGGCCAGCCUGAAGGGUUCAAACUCUACUACCGCAAAGUCCACCUUCCCCACUUCACAGGACCCGUGCUUUUGCCCAGCAACGUCACCUCUUGCAAUAUUACUCACCUUGAUCCAGCAGUGGUGUAUGAAGUCAAACUGCUUGCUUUCAACCAACACGGCGAUGGGAACGCCACCGUCCGUUUUGUGUCCCUUCGAGAAACUGUGGAAAAAACAGACCUCAACCCACCGUGCAACUGCAUGAAGGAUGAGUCAGCCAACAAAACGUCAGCUACUGGGAUCAUCAUUGGAAUCCACAUUGGGGUCACCUGCAUCAUCUUCUGUGUCCUUUUCCUCAUGUUUGGCUACAGAGGACGAUUGCUGAUGUGUAAAAACGUGCAGGAGCAGCUCUCAACCCCGCAGAUUUCGAGAGGGCCGAGAAAUGUCACUGGCCAGGCUGUAAACGGGUCUACUAAGAGGGACGAUCCAGAUGUCAAUGGGAAACAGCUGGAUAUGAAUGAACUGGAAAGAUUGUUCCCAGCUUUGCAUUCCCCACCCAGUCUGCACACAAAGGGAAUAGCG